CAUUCAAUAUGUGACCGAAAUCAUGUUUGUUUGAAACAGCUUAGUUCCAGUUGGAAGGAAAAAUGUCUGGGCGAGGAAAGGGCGGUAAGGGUUUGGGAAAGGGAGGAGCAAAGCGACACAGAAAGGUUCUUCGUGAUAACAUCCAGGGCAUCACAAAGCCUGCCAUUAGGCGUCUUGCCAGAAGAGGUGGCGUUAAGCGUAUCAGCGGCCUCAUUUAUGAGGAAACCAGGGGUGUACUUAAAAUCUUUUUGGAGAAUGUUAUAAGGGAUGCUGUUACAUACACUGAGCACGCUCGCCGCAAGACUGUGACGGCCAUGGAUGUGGUUUAUGCACUCAAGAGGCAGGGCAGGACUCUUUACGGCUUCGGCGGUUAGGUUGCCCUGGUCUAUUUUUACUUGUAUCAGGUGUUUUUUAACACCACCUCUGUAUGGAAAUGUUUGUGGAUCUCUCUAGGUCUCUUUAGAAUAUCGCGGUAGUUACAGAGAUUCUUAAUUCAAUUGCGGAAAAAAGUGGGGGAAAGGCGAUUGUUACACAUUAUCGGAAGGAUGGGGCCGUGUUCUGUUAUUUUGUAUCAUCUAAUGCAUUAAUUAGGGUUUUUUUAUAAAUCUGUGUUCUUUUCAGUGUUCUCCGGUGACGGAUUUUUUUCUUUAAUCAGUUUUAUAGGGAUGCUUGGAUUUCUAUCAGUGAUGUGUGCAAAUCGACGAUGAUUGAGGCUACUGUUCGGUUUUGACGAUUUUUUGAAAUCUGCUACAAUAACCACGAAUGUAAAGUUCUGAGGAAUUUCUGAAUUGUACUUGACGCUCAGGGACGUGUUAAUAUGAAUCCUAAAGGCAAUAGGUUUUCCUCAUC